AUCCACAAACAAGCAAGCAUUCGAGGUCUUUGCUCUUUCGGUGCGACAAUCUACUUUUUUCUUAGUGGAGGGGAGCAAUUUAGUUCUACUCCACCAUCAUACGCAUACAAGAAUAAUACACCCGGAUCAUACAACGGUACAGUAGUUUCGUAUUGAACUACAGACAGAACCUUGAACAUUCACUCAUCUACCAUAAUGAUAAUAAUAAUAAAACAAUUCCAUCCAUAUGACUAGAAUUGAUUUCCUGUUACUUUACCGCAUAUCCUCGUCCCCGUCGAUAUAUCUAGCAACCAAUAUCAAUUCGAAAGCCAAGAAUCCCCAGUCGGAGCGAAAUCGAGAAAGGGGACAGAGAUUGUGUGUAUGUGGGAUAUAGAGAGAGAGCGGGCAGGGUAAAGAGAGACGUGUGUGCGUGUGUGUAAUGCACUGGUAAAAAAGAGAAAGGAAUUCUAGGAAAUUCUCUUUGGACCCAAAGAAAAGAAAUCGGAAGCCUCGUCUCUUUUUACACUUUUACCACCUCUGAGAAACUACCUACCUACCUAUUCUCUAUCUGACUUAUCGGUACUUCCUCCUCUCCUCUUAUUACACUACCAGCCGAACCACCUAAUUUUACUACCAACGCACAAAAUCCAUAAUCCACAUUACAAAUUUACCUUCAUCGGCUUUCCACCAUAACAAAUCAUUUCCAACAUCCUAUCAUACUUCGCCUUGGAUAUUUACAUAUACCAUCCUGUACCCGUAUAUACAUAUCUGGGUAUAAACAUCGAGACGUUCCUUCAAACCUUAUCGAACCAAGGCUUUGGAAUCCGACGGCCACCAACCUCAUAAGAAGAAGGCUCAAGUACAGUACAAUACCAGAAUACAAGUACAUCCUUGAACAAUUAACUGUCAUCCACCAACCCUCGGCCAAGGUUUCCGAAAUUUGCGACACCAAUUACAUCUGACUUGCUCGCUGCUCCUGGAUCUAGAAAAAAAAAAAAGAGUACAAAGUCGAGAGUACAUACUGGGAACGACUUCUAUCUUUGUUCAACCCUCGCUCUAUCGUCGCAAAUUCGGAGAGAUUAAGUUGAUCAAAAAGAUCGUUCGAUAAAACAAAUCUCCAGGGAAGAAAAAACACAAAUAUCCUCGAAAGAAUAUAACCAACCAUAAGCCCAUUUCUGCAGGAUCAUUCUAGGAUUGGAUUCGGUUACGGGUUCUCUGUCAUAUUGGGUGAGGACCGUCCGAGAAGGAGGUGUGUCGCUCCAACGAAAUGCCUGGAACGGCGCAAUACCUUGAGCGUGGGGGGCUCCUCCAAAGAUUCCGCGACUCAUCUGAGGACUGGCAUACGACUGGAGAAUCACAAUCAAAUAAUACUGCAUCAUCAGGAUCGAUAGGCACACAGCACGAUUUUAGAUUUCCUCGAAGGCCCGAGAAUCUAUCUACACACCCGACAUCUGCGAAUCAAUCAACGAAUAACUACAACAAUUCCGACGACCAAAUAAAGAGCCCCGCCGCGAGCGCAACAGCUCAGGAAGACAAACUGGAUCACCCAGUGUCAAGCCGUGCGCGCGAUGAUUUGCUCGGUGAGAGUUUCUUUCCCAACUGGAAAGAUGGCUCCGCCGGCGAGGAGCUCGAUGACACGGAUGAGAUGCAAAAGAAAGAUCCUUUGGCAACACAGAUUUGGAAGUUAUACAGUAAGACAAAGAAGACUUUGCCCAACCAGGAGCGAUUGGAGAACUUGACAUGGCGCAUGAUGGCAAUGAAUCUGCGAAAGCGCAAGCAGGAAGAAGAUAAUCGGUAUGAAGUCGAUGAAUCUCAUCCUUUGUGAAAGACAAAGUUUAUCUAACAGUGUUUCACUAGAUCAUCUCAACAGAAUCAAAUCUCAACUGUACCAAGUGGAAUUGCUCAGCUAAGGAAAUCUACAGAUCAGGCGGCUGUAGAUACUUUUGAUGCUAUGAAUUUGGACGAUUUCAUAUUUUCCGAUAGUAUAUCCACGCCAGCCGGGCUCGCCACUUCGCCUUCGCCGGAACUCAUGAAAAAAGAGGUCGAGAGGCCAUCAAGCACUGUAGCUUCGGCGAUUCCUAUCAAAAUGCGGAAGGAAUCGACGCAGUUGCAGUUUUCUGCCCCACAAUCUGUUCCAGUUCCUCAUCACGCCCCUCGAAGCAACGAUGAAUUUAAUUAUGUGCAGAGACAUGUGAGGAAAACAAGUAUUGAUGAGCGUCGUGUAAGUUUUACCACCUCUUACGGGUUCUAAAUAUGAUCCGCAGGUUUUAAGCGCUAUCAAGGUUGGAACUGACAAAACUAACAGGCCCGCAAACGACCCGCCGAUUUUUCGCCUCAAGUCAACAGCAUAAUGAUCCCCAACGACCCUGAUCAUGAUGAUCUCCCAGAAUAUUCUCUAAAUCAACCUCAUCCGCCAUUUAGCAGCCACGGAGUGUCAGGAAUACCAUUUCAACUAGAUACCUUCAACAUGGACAAUGACCCGAUCAUCACCUCUGCAGGUCCUUUUCAACAAAAUUUUAACUUCUCCCCAUCACAUUCGCCCCUCGUCCCUCAUGGACCCUUCUCUUCAAUGUACAAUAAUGCUUCGAUGCCAUCUUCCUCUUUGAACUCAAACGACUACUACUCUCCUCCUGGAAGUGCCUAUCCUUCUACAGUCUCUACUCCUCAACCCAUCCCAGAGGGACAGGAAAUGUACUUCCAACACGGGAUGAAUAUGCGACACCAACGUCCUCAUACUUUCAAUCAAGGACCUUCCAGCCUCUCCAAUUCAAUGGCGCCUCAAUACAUGUAUAACGGCAAUGGUGGAUCUAUGUUUAGUGCAGUGACAACUUCCGGCCCGUCGCAUAACUCCUAUGCCUCCGCUGGAUUUGGUAUGUCGCAACAUAUAGAUCCAGCUCAGGUCUUCCAAUCCGAUCAUCCCGCGAGAUCUCCUGGCGUCAAAAUCGGCCAUGAAAAUAUGUUUUCAUUUGGAGGGGAUUCCGACAACGAGGACGAUGAAAGUCAAGCUUUUGCCGACCGAACACUCAUGUUGCAACAUGAUUUUGGCCAAUCGCCUUUGGAUGACCAGAACAUGGAUAUGCAUGGAAACGGAGGCUUACAGUGGGAUACGAGUUUGUCAGGACAAUUUAACACUCAGGCAGCACGAUAUCCAGGCGGACCACCAAGAAAGCAAGUUACUAUUGGAGGAACAGAAAUGGUAUCAUCACCAUUGGAGUGGGAUGGAUCUGGAGGUUCUCUUGGGAGACAUCACGGCUCUACUCAGUCUGUUUCUGAUAAUCGCUCAAGAACCGAUAGAAGACAAAAGAUUCCCCGAACUGCCUCGACACCAAAUGCAGUCCUCCUUGGCCAGAACAGCAUGUUCGAUAACUCUGGGCCAUCUGGACCAAACUCGCCACCAGAUGGAAACAACAUGUCAGGAUUCUCAUCAGUAGCACCCAGUAGACCAGGAUCCCCUGGUGGAUCUAAACACGGUUCAACUACCAAUCUUGCAGCAGCUGGUCAAGGGGACAACGGUGUACCAACUACUUGUACGAAUUGUUUUACCCAAACAACACCUCUUUGGAGACGAAACCCUGAAGGCCACCCACUCUGCAAUGCUUGCGGUCUCUUCCUCAAAUUGCACGGCGUUGUGCGCCCAUUGUCUUUGAAAACAGAUGUCAUCAAGAAGCGAAAUCGCGGUUCUGGCGCUACGCUUCCAAUUGGUACUUCGGGUGGUGCUUCGACAAGAGCUUCUAAGAAGCUAGGUACAAUGAGCAGUGGACCGAAUACUAGAAAGAAUUCAAUAGCUGCAACAACAAGCAUGGCCAACACAGCACCCCAAACACAAGUAACUACACCUACUAGCAGCCAUGGAAGAAAUGCAAAUGAGAGUGCCAGUCCUCCUUCAAUUGCUGGUUCCUUGGGCAAUGGAGGAAGUACUGCAGGCAGUACCCCAACUUCAUACCAUGGUUCCGCGGGUUCUUCCUCAGGUACAAUUGGUGUCAGUGGAGGUAAGGGUGUAGUUCCUAUAGCUGCUGCUCCAUUGAAAGCAACACCAGGCCCUGGUGCAGCAUCUACUAUGCCUCGAACAAAUGCAGUACCCAAACGACAGAGGAGACAUAGCAAGAGUGUCGGUGCAAUUGAGAGCAUGCAUAUUGAUUCCCCCGAAACUUCAACUGGUAGCAAUGAGGCUGCAAAAUCUAUUGGUAUGGGAUUGAUGAGUACCUCUAAUGGAGCCAUGGGCAACAUGGGCCUAGGAAAUGGAUUUGGUAUGCCAGGACGACCAAUGAUGGGACCAGGAAGUUCUGGAAUUCAAAUGAGUUUGGGAGGACCACAACAUGGAAUGGCUAUGAAUGGUCAGAAUGGGCCUAACGGUUCAAGUGCCGGCCCUCAAGAAUGGGAAUGGCUAACCAUGAGUCUUUGAUCGAGUAUUUUGGCAUUCUUCUCACACGCGACGCCAUUUGGCGUUCUUUACUACCUACGACAUUUUCUGGGGUUGGCGGCUACAUUUGAUUGUUACUUGGAGCUACUUCUACUCGACCUUUUAUGAUACCAGCGAGAUUUCGCCUUUUUACAUUUCGAGUUACAAAUGAUACGAUGAUGAUACUUUUUCUUUCUUCAGUGGAUCAAAUUAAUCUAGUGUAUCUUGGUCUAUACCCCAUACCGGGGUGGGAAAUAUCGGGAGGCUAUAUUGAAACUUGCUUUUUCUUUAGUUGACUUGUUUGCAUGAAGAUUUUUGAUACCAUUUUACUUCUUCUUCUUCGCUCAUCUAUUUCCCGUUCUAGUUACUAGGGGAAUGGAUGAGAUUUUGACCAUGCGAAUACGGCUUUUGCUUCUUUUGCAUUGGUGUUUAUAAGAUUUUUGAGAGUUGAGAGAUUCAAUGGUCAUUUUAUUUGCGUAUUGUGCGCAAGUUUAUUUUGCUUAAAUAUGGAUGAUGGCUUAUGCUGGGUUGAUUGAUGGAUGGAUAUGAUGGGGGUUGGCUUUGGCUUGGUUGAAUUGCUUUUUUUUUUCUUCGCGAGGUUCUUUAACGACAUGAUUUGAUAUCCGGAUAGACGGGAUGAGGGUAGUUUUAUGGAUGUGGAGAUGAUUUUACAUGUGUUUUCUUGAGAUUUGAGGGUCAAGAGGAGUGUCAGACAGAGUUAUUUCUUGAAGCGAGUGAGCGUAUUGGUUUUGCUGGAUGGAUUGAAUUGAAUUGAACUGACUUGACUUGACUUGGAUUUGGUUUCGAUUUCGAUUUCGAUUUGAUUGUCCCGUUUUAGCGUUUGGAUGUCUGAGAGGAAAUCGGAAUGAAGUAGAGUGAGUGCAGCGUGCAGAGAACACAGGAGAUAGUGGAGAGAUAGUACUGAGAUAGUUGGAGAAUAAUAUCUUGUGAUU